UUAAGAGCCUGGCAUGAAAAGGGGUGCGGCCCCUUUAAGGGAGCGGCUCCUCCCGGGCCAACGAGGCUCUUUCUCCCUCAGCCUGGAGCAGAGAGACAGCUGGGAGAAGCCGCUUCUCCUCCCAAAGAAGGGGGCCGGUUCCUAGCAAAACGGGGCACGAUGGAGGCCGUUGACCUGUCCUUCCUUUUGGAAGCCGAGCGGGAUCUCAUCCUCCAGGUCCUGCAGCGGGAUGAGGAACUGCGGAAAGCGGAAGAGAGGAGAGUCAGGCGCCUGAAGAAUGAGCUGCUGGAGAUCCGCAGGAAGGGAGCCAAGCGCGGCAGCCAGCGCUACAGUGAGCGGACGUGCGCCCGUUGCCAGACCAGCAUGGGCCGGAUCAGCCCCAAAGCCAACACAUGCCGCAGCUGCAACCACCUGGUGUGCCGUGACUGCCGCUCCUAUGGCGCCAACAGCUCUUGGCGCUGCAAAGUCUGCACUAAAGAAGCAGAGCUGAAGAAAUCGACUGGCGACUGGUUCUAUGACCAACGGGUGAAUCGUUUUUCUAACAAGAUGGGCAGCGACAUCAUUCGAAUGUCUCUCCGGCGCAAACCACUAGCCAACAAAAGGGAGACAACUGGGCAAACUAUACUCCAGAAGGCCCAGAGUGACCCCAAAAGCAGCCCCAAAACAGGGCAGAAGAGCCCCCAGCAGCCGCGCAAGGAACCCAGCUUGGCCCCAGAACAUUUGGAGAUACGAGAUGCAAGGAGUGACACCGAAUCUACUGAGAACAUGAGCCUGGAUGGCUACCGCCCUGCCUCUUCUCCUACAGCCGCCAGCCCUCGCCAAGAGCGGAGGAAGGCAGCCAGUCCUUCUGUGUCCAAUGCGUCCAGCCUGACCCUCCCGGUCCGCUUCAGAGAGGCCUCUCCCUCCGCUUCUGACAACGAAGCGCGUUUGGGCAGUCAAAGUGCAGCUUCGGCCGAUGAGAACGAAACCUUAUUCAAGAAGAAUCCCCGGAGAACUCAGAGGCCAUCCGAGUACACCAAAUCAGUGAUCGACCUGCGACCGGAGGAGUCCCUUAAUGGAAGUGGAAAUCUAGGGGACAGGAGCAAGUCAGUUCCAGGCCUCAACGUUGAAAUGGAGGAGGAAGAGGAGGAUGAAGACAUUGAUAGCUUGGUGGAGAUCCACCGGAGGAGGACGGCCAGAAGCAGCAUGCGCAGUGGCACAUCCUCGAGCACUUUGGGAAGCAUGGUUAGUCUUUAUAGUGAGGCGGGUGAUUUUGGCAACGUCUGUGUCACAGGAGAGAUUGCCUUCAGCUUGAGCUAUGAGGAGAAGACCCAGACCUUGUUCAUCCAUGUGAAGGACUGCCGCCGCUUGGCAUAUGCCGACGACACCAAGAAACGCUCCAACCCGUAUGUGAAGACGUACCUUCUCCCAGACAAAUCCCGCCAGGGGAAGCGCAAGACCACUAUCAAGCGCAACGCAGUCAAUCCCCUGUACCACGAACUGCUCAAGUAUGAGAUCAACAAGUCCAUUCUGCUGGCCAGGAUCUUGCAAUUCUCUGUCUGGCAUCAUGAUCGCUUUGGUCGGAACACAUUCUUGGGCGAAGCAGAGGUCCCAAUGGACUCCUGGAACAUGGAGAGCCCCUUGGAGGAGACCCUCCCUCUGCAUGGCAAGCACAUGGUGGAUUUGGCUGCCUCUUCUCAAUACAAAGGCGAGUUGGUGGUUUCUUUGAAGUUCAUUCCACCUGCCAAGCAGGCCACUGCAGGAAGUGGGAGGAAAAGCAAAAAAGAAGAAGGCGGCGAACUUCAAGUCUGGAUCAAAGAAGCCAAAAGCUUGACAGCAGCCAAAUCUGGUGGGACAUCUGACAGCUUUGUCAAAGGAUACUUGCUACCUCUGAGGAACAAGGCCACCAAGAGGAAGACCCCGGUGGUGAAGAAGAGUCUGAACCCUCAUUACAACCACACCUUGGUCUACAACAACAUCGGUCCAGAAGAGUUGGCCCACAUCUGCUUGGAGCUCACCGUAUGGGACCGGGAGCCUCUUUCCAGCAAUGACUUCUUGGGUGGAGUCCGGCUUGGAGUUGGGAAUGGGAUGAGUAAUGGCCAAAUGGUGGACUGGAUGGAUUCUACUGGCGAGGAGAUCAGUCUGUGGCAGAAAAUGCGCAAAUACCCAGGGUCAUGGGCAGAAGGAACUCUCCCGCUGCGGGCCACCAUGGCCAAGUCAAAGCCAUAAUGCUGCUGGAGCAGUAGAGGGACCAAACGCCUUGGCCCUGGUUGCAAAGUCAAACUGGCACAUUUUGAAAGGGAUGUCCUCUGUUAUUUAAAGAAAAUUUCCUUUGUCCUUUUUUAAAAAUUGGAAUUGCAUAUUCAUUGUUAUUCUGCUGGGUCUGCAAAGUGCCUUUUAAACACUAAUGGUCUUUUCACAUUAUUCCUUUCCUUUCCUUCCAUCAAAUUGUUUGUCUACAUCCUGCUCUUGUUUUUAAAUGCGGUUUCCUUCUGUUCUGCGUCUGGAUGAAAGGGACAUUGAAAUAAAGUCUUAAAUGUAUCCAA